UGUCACACCCUUUUAUAUAUAAAUUGAUUUAUAUAUAAAUUGAUUUACAAAUAGCCAAAGUUACCAAUUAGCAUACCUCAAAAAAGAUCUAGAUUCUGGGUGUUUUUGCUAAUUUUAAGGUUUUAUUCCUGAUUCUCUACUGUUUUAACUACAUUUAUAGAAUCUCACCAUUUCAGAAACAAAGUUACCUACUUUUUAUUGAUUCAUUGUUGUGUUCUUCCUUUAAGCAUUGAUUCAAUCUUGUUCUUCAACAAAUUUUAUUGGUGAGAUUAUUGAAGAUGUAUCUGGUAGAGAGCAAAAUAGGAGCUAUAUUUUGCAUGCUACUCUCUUUGUUCUUCCUAGGGACAUGGCCUGCUAUACUGGCUUACCUCGAAAGGCGUGGCCGUCUUCCUCAGCAUACUUACCUUGAUUAUGCUAUUACCAAUCUCUUAGCUGCUAUCUUUAUAGCACUUACUUUAGGUGAGAUUGGAGAGAGCAAACCAGACAUGCCUAAUUUCUUAACUCAAUUGUUUGAGCUACCAGAUAAUUGGCCCUCGGCGUGUUUUGCAAUGGCUGGUGGAGUUGCUCUUAGUGUAGGAAAUUUAUCUAUACAGUAUGCUAUGGCUUUAGCUGGAUUAUCAGUUGUCGAGGUUGUUAGUGCUAGCAUCACCGUUGUCUUAGGAACCACAGUAAACUAUUUCCUGGAUGACAGAAUAAACAAGGCAGAAAUCCUGUUCCCUGGAGUAGGGUGUUUUUUGAUUGCAGUCUUCCUGGGUUCGGGUGUUCACAAAUCUAAUAAUGCUGAUAAUACUGCAAAACUUAAAAAAAUGGAUAGUAAACUCGAUGAAGAGGAAAGACUUGUGAUGUCAUCCACUCCGACUUUUGACAGGAAAUCCGACAUUUCAGCCUCAGAUGGAGCAUCUUCUGCUCAUAAAGUUCCUGUGGACCUUGAAAAGGCAAAUGGAAGUACAAAGGAGCCGGAGUUUGGGACUGCUAAGUUCCUCAUUCAACUCGAAGAAAAAAGAUCCAUUAAGGUGUUUGGCCGGAGUAUUUGGAUUGGUUUAGCAUUAACUUUUUUUUCUGGAAUUUGUUACUCCUUUUUCUCUCCUCUGUUCAAUGUGGCAACCAAUGAUCAGUUUCACAGAUUGAAGAAAGGGGUGCCUCAUUUGGUUGUAUAUACCGCUUUUUUCUACUUCUCUGUCUCCUCUUUUGCUAUUGCACUCAUCUUGAAUGCCAUCUUUCUAUUUCGCCCUAUCCUUGGCUCGCCAAAGUCAUCAUUUGAGGCUUACUUUAAGGACUGGAAUGGUCGAGGUUGGGCCCUUUUGGCUGGUUUGUUAUGUGGUUUCGGAAAUGGUCUGCAGUUCAUGGGAGGUCAGGCUGCAGGAUAUGCUGCAGCUGAUGCAGUUCAGGCACUUCCAUUGGUGAGCACCUUUUGGGGUGUAGUAGCUUUUGGAGAAUACAGGAAAUCCUCAAGGAAAACAUACACACUACUAUUUAGCAUGCUGUCAAUGUUCAUCAUCGCGGUUGCAAUCCUCAUGGCAUCAUCUGGGCACAGAAAGUCAUAAUCUGGCAUCAGACAAUGUCCUAAAUUGUUGCAGUCUAGAGUAUACUGAAUAAGAUGAUGCACAAAUAAUGAUUCAUUGGCGGUUCUUCAGUGUUUAGUAUGGGAAUGUGUAACAAGUUUAGAUGAAAUUUGUUUAAAUGUUUUCUUACUUAGUCUCUUUCCAAGGAAAAUGGUGGAUAGAUUGGUUGGAAGUAGCUAAGAAUUGCCAAAGGUUUACUUUGAAAGUAGUAGUUGUUUGAAAAUUAGAGGAAUACUGAAGUAAUUUGCAUAAACUCCUUGGUAACUCUAAAAUCCAUUGGUUUUGAUGCAAAUACAUGUUCCCUUUGUAUGCUUAGCUUAUAAUAAUGAAAUACAUGUAUGUUGUUUUUCUUUACCUUUUUUUUGGUGAAAGAAGGGCCAUAGUCCCAUAAUAUACUUGAAUUGAAACUGCAUUUUGUUUUA